AUGGCCUACGCUGCAAUGGGGCUUCUCCGCUACCGAAUCGAGCGAGACCGCGAUGCCAGCUUCGAGCCCACCCUCUUCCAAACGCUGGCCCAUCUGUCACUCAAGAAUGACAGCGACAAGAUCGUCGACCGCAUCAUCAGCCUUCUUCCUCGUCAAAGACUCUCCAGUGAUAUCCCGAGACACUCAUCGGACGACAUGAUCUGGACAAGCCUUUGCGAAAAGGAUUGCUUCGGUACCCUUGUUCACCACAUCACCCCCCUGUGCGAGGUCGUGGGUGUAGCUGAAGAGGACCAAACUGUCUUUCUUGAUGGCUGCCAUGCAAUCAAUAUCCGGUGGAAAGACUUCCCGCGUGUAAAGGUACAUGGCGGUCAAGGUGGAGCCAAGAAAAUUGUUACACGCGCCAUGGUUCUCGGCAGUGCCGCACUCAUGGGCAUGAUGAUUCCUUUCGCCAUAUUUGCGGGGGCAGGCCAUGCUGCUUCAGAGAGUUCCAACUCCAGAUGGUUUAGACGAGUACCAGACUCCGGAAAUGAAUCUCCCUUCAGACCUCGGGCGGGGCUUGGGCAAGCCAUCGACAGACUUGGACGCCGGGACCUCGGGGGCAGCAACAACAUCUCAAACGCAAUGCUAGCUUUGGCUGUCAUUUGCUCUAUCUUUGCCUACCUCAUCGCUGUCGGGAUAUCUUUCAUCCUCCAUCGUUUUCUAUCAGGGACAUUCCUUGGUUGCAGCCCCUGUCUCGUUGGGUUCGAAGGCGUCAUGCCAAUCAGGGAGAUCGAAGAGCGUAUUUUUGGCAUUUACAUUGGGAGACUGAGAUACGCCUCAUCCGCCUCGCAUCUCUUCACGGAUGAACGAGAUUUGGACCCUGAGAAUAGAUGGUAUCAGGAAGGCAAACCCUCUUGGAUAGAGGGCAAGGGUGACUCUGAAGAGAUCGUCAAGCUUCUCAAGAAAGGGCAGCGGGUGUUUACGCUUGUAGACUUAGGAACUCUUUCAGUCAUCGUCUUCGCGGCCGAGAGACCCCCUUCGGUAGCUCUCCUUACUGGCAGAGAGGGGGGGAUGCUUAGAGCUGUUCUGUGUAGCUGGAGCUUCCGGAACGAUUGCCUCUACAAGGAAGCCGUCGUCAGAAUGCCUUCGAGUGUCUUGGCUGACGCAAGACCUACGAGCUGGGUAAAGCUCUGCAUUCAUUCUCUGGACGAAGCGCGUCAAGCACACUUCUGA